AUGGGCAAUAACGGGGUUCGAAGGGGCGAUGGACAUAGCGCGACACGGGCGCCUUUCCUGAGCAACAUGAAAGCUAUUGCCGGUGGCCCCUGGAUGAGUGGGGCCCUGGUGAAUCACGACAAGGAUAUUGUCGUAAAAAUAGGGCCACACGCUCUUGCAACUCAACCACCUACACAAGGCAACGACUUGCAUGAACCUGAACAUCGCCUCACGCCAUCGGAUCCAAUGCUGUUCGACAUGGACGACGCGGUACAAGAGCUGCAGCCAGUUCGUGCGCGAGAGGUUUCGACUGAGAAGAACGAGGACGAGACUCAACUUCUGACUAAUUUGCCUGACACAGACAAGGGAUCAGAGGAAGCUCAAACCUACACCGAAGCUGAGCCUGUUGAAGAUGUCGAAAGACUCUUGCAAGAACUUGAUGAAUGUUCCUGUCGGGCCCCUGUAACCCCUGCGUCAGAGGCGGACGCUCUCCUUGCAUCUGCUGAUGAAUGUAAUACAGAUCCUGGCAAUGAUCAACAAAAAAGAAUUCGCACCUUGGAGACGCACAAGGAAGACUCGAUGCAGUGCCCGACAUCGCAACAAGAGGUGGAAUUGGGCGGAGGUAGUAACAGUCUGGAUCAGGCUAAGACGCGUGUCCAGACCGAGGGGCAGCCAGAGUUCCAGAGCUUUCCGCCGAAGCCGUCCAAGUCUCGUCCGGCCGAGCCAGGUGCGCAAGGGCUUUUUUACAAUAAUUUGGCACGGGUAUCGAACAGGCCACGGUCGAGGGGCUCAUUGGAGCUAAUUGAUCGUCCAAGCUCGCUUGAAGAAGGGUUCGAUGAUAUUCGACGGCUGGAGAUCCAAGGCUUCGCAUUGGAUAGAGCCGACCAAUCCUCUGUCGCGCAACGGACCGGUUCCAAGCGGCAAACGCCCUGCCGUGGGAUUGGAGAGGACCUCGAAUCGUCGUCGGCAGUUCUCCGCGACAGCUCCGCAGAUCGUGCUGCGAGGCUGCACCUCUCGGCAGAGCUACCGAUCAACACCUAUGCAAGACAUCGUGCGAAUGCACGAAGUCGAUGCGUGAGGAGGAGUCAGCCCACCGAAGAGCCACUCAAUUCCGCAUUCCCGUCUGGGCGCAGGGCUGCAAGCACCUUCAGGCGCUCUUGCAGCAGCACCCUGCAUGCGCAGGCAUCGGACAGCGCUCCCGAAAUCCGCAGCCUGGGCUCUCCGUUUGGGUCUCGCCGUCAAAUCACCGUGCCAGCUGAGGAGGGUCCAGCUGCGCCCGCGCAAGGCUGGAUCGGCGAUGCUGACGGUGCUGUAGAAGCAGAUGAUGCGGAGGCCGUGUGGAAGAAGUUUGUUUUCGGGGAAGGCGACUCGACAGCUAUUGACAGCGCCCAGGAGGAGCGAGUUGCCUGA